AUGGAAACUGAACUCCGAACAGAUUCCACUGAUUACAGGACUGAGCUUCUGUCCCCAACAAUAGCUGCAGAGAAUGUGUCCAUGGCCAGGCAACCUUCAUGGAGGAUCAACAUGGAUGAACAUAGGUUACCAGAAAGGCAAAUGGAGUCUCAUUUUGGCUUUGGAUUCUUCAUAAGGACACUAAAGAAACAAAGGAAACUAGGUGAGUAUUACAAGAGGCAGGAGAGGCUUCUUAAAGGGUAUCAAGAAGUGGACUCAUACACUGAUUUGGGCAUGUUACCAGGAAAUUUAACAGAGGAUGAGAUGAAGGAACUUGAAAGGAGUGAGAGGGUGGCAAUCUAUGCAUCUAACAAAGGGAACAUGGUGUUGUUUGUAGCAAAAGUAUAUGCUUCCAUUGAGAGUAGAUCUCUGGCUGUUAUUGCAUCAACUCUAGACUCACUCUUGGAUCUCUUGUCAGGAUUUAUACUUUGGUUCACUUCUUAUGCUAUGAGAAGACCAAAUCAUCACCAAUACCCCAUUGGCAAGAACAGGAUGCAACCUGUGGGUAUAGUUGUGUUCGCAUCAGUUAUGGCAACUCUCGGAUUGCAAAUAUUGUUUGAAUCGGCAAGAGAAAUAAUCACAAAGGCUCAACCUGAGAGAGAUCCAGUGAAAGAAAAGUGGAUGAUAGGGAUAAUGGUGGCAGCCACCUUGGUAAAAGUAGCACUAAUGACUUAUUGUCGCAGGUUCAAGAAUGAAAUAGUGAGGGCCUAUGCUCAGGACCAUUUCUUUGAUGUCAUUACAAACUCCAUUGGUCUAGCCACUGCAGUUCUGUCCAUCAAAUUCUACUGGUGGCUUGACCCUGUUGGAGCCAUCCUGAUAGCUUUAUAUACAAUCAGUAACUGGGCAAAAACAGUGAUGGAGAAUGUGUGGUCAUUGAUUGGCAAAACAGCUCCACCAGAAUUCCUUGCAAAGCUAACAUAUCUUUGUUGGAACCAUAACAAGGAGAUCAAGCACAUAGACACUGUGAGGGCCUACACGUUUGGAUCCAAUUACUUUGUGGAGGUAGACAUUGUGGUGUCAGAAGAAAUGUCACUUGCUCAAGCGCACGACAUUGGAGAGACACUUCAAGAUAAGCUUGAAAAACUCCCCGAAAUUGAGAGAGCCUUCGUCCACACUGACUUCAACAUAACUCAUAAACUCGAGCACAAGCCCAAGGUGGUGUAG